CUCAAAGGAGGUUUAUGGAGCACCUCAAGUUUAUAAAGUAGGAUUUCAAAAGUAGGAUGAGGUAUAUGUUAAAAUAACCUUAAAACAAUGAGCUGUUAGUUUGAGAGUAAAGAUUUGCAGCUUUCGGUUCCUCAAUUCACAGGGUGACACGAUAGGAUUCCCUCAAUUAAAGCUGUAUCUACUGGAAUGGAGAAGACAAGUAGAGAGGUCGAGACAGAGAUCUAUUCCCUAGAUGGCAUAAGAAGAUCUUUAAUUCGACAGGAGGAUAGCAUUAUAUUUAGCCUUGUGGAGAGAGCUCAGUAUUGUUACAACCCUGACACAUAUGACCCUGAUGCUUUUCCAAUGGAAGCUUUCCGUGGCUCGUGGGUUGAGUACAUUCUUAAAGAAACUGAAAAGCUUCAUGCUAAGGCUGGAAGGUACAUGAGCCCUGAUGAGCAUCCUUUCUUCCAAGAUGAAUUGCCAGAACCAUUGUUGCCACCCCUGCAAUACCCACAGGUUUUGCAUCCAGCAGCUAAUUCAAUAAAUAUCAACAACAAAAUAUGGGACAUGUACUUCAAAAGUAUUCUACCAAGGUUAGUGAAAAAAGGCAACGAUGGAAAUUAUGGAUCAACGGCAGUUUGUGACACUCUUUGCCUGCAGGCACUGUCGAAGAGAAUUCAUUAUGGGAAAUUUGUAGCAGAAGCAAAAUAUCAAGCGUUACCUGAAGUGUAUAAUGCUGCCAUAACAGCACAAGACAGAAACAAGUUGAUGGAACUGCUGACCUAUCCGACAGUUGAAGAGGCCGUAAAAAAUAGGGUAGAGGUGAAAGCAAGAACAUACAGUCAAGAUGUGCCUAUCAGCUUAGCUGGGAACAAUAGUGAUCCAGUAUACAAGAUAAACCCUAGCCUAGUUGUCGAUCUAUAUGGGGAUUGGAUCAUGCCUUUAACAAAAGAAGUGCAGGUGCAGUACCUAUUAAGAAGACUUGAUUAAGUAAAAUGCAGAGGCCUGAUAUUGGUCAUUGCCAGGUUGUGCCAUUCUGGAUACACUUGUUCAUGCAAAAAAUAUGUGCAUAAAAUAAAAUGCGUGGAUAUAAUUUCCCAGAAGUGUAAUGUGCACAUAUAAUAUAAAUAUAUAAUAUGCAGUGCAGCUACUAUUACUGAGACACAUCUUUUAAUUUGUUUCCGCUUCUACUUUUGUGUUCAAUCUCAUCUUUAUUUUCAAUUUUUAUUUGUGAAAUCUUUAGAAUUCAACAAAACACCAAUAAAGAAAAUGUAAUACUUCG